UGCUGACGACUGUCCAGUAGGGAUGGGAUGGACAGGGCUGGGAGGAACACAAGCCUGUUAUUCUCACGCGCCUCCUGGACUCUCCGCCUGACCGCCAGCUCUAGCUAUGGCCAACACAGCAGGCCAAGUCCCUGUUGCCACCAUUGGUCCAUUCGGAGACAGCCCAGUGCAGGUGACAUGUCCAAGCUGCCACCAGAUGUGCGUCACCAAGGUGGAGUUCUCCUCUGGCCUGAUCACUUACCUGUUCUGUGGUGGACUCUUCAUGUGCGGGUUUGUCCUUGGUUGCUGUCUCAUCCCUUUUUGUGUUGAUCGCCUGAGAGAUGCAAAACACACCUGUUCCAACUGCAAGGCUGUGCUUGGGGUCUACAAGCGUCUAUAACCCAGUACAUAGACACACACACACACACAUACACACACAGACAGAUUUUACCUGCAACUCUGUAAAUUUAGAUAUACCGCAUACCCAAAUGAACGAAUGUCCACCCAAAUGAGUGACUUUACUUGAGGGUCUAAAACUUGACUUAAACCUGGACACCUACCCACAGUCAUUCUCUCUCUCUCUAUCUCUCUCUCCCUCACACACACACACUCCCUUGUUGUAUGUGCUGUCCCUCUAUGCGUGCCUGUGCUCUGGGCCUGACUCCAUGAGGCCAUGCUGGGUUCUUAAAUUGGUUCUGAUUUCAUUUGGGAGAACAGAGCGGUUCUGCAGUCAGGACGAUGACCACACCCCUGACCUGGUCCCACAGUGCAGCUGUAUUUGUUUGCUGUUCCCUGUUGCUAUGCCGUUAACUCUGUCCCUCUCUCACACACACUCACACAUACAAACGCACACACACACACACACACCGAUGUGAUAUAUUAUCCCUUAAACACACAACACAACAAUAGGUCAGGUGAACUAAUGGGAAAAACAUGUUCUUCCAUAAUGGUCGCCGAGCAAAAAGUAUAGUAUGUACACCAGGUAGAUCUCGACUCUUAAAUGCUGACUGCUAAAUGAAACCAAAAACAUAAUCUUGCCUCAUGUCCACAAUGACAAACAGCUGAUUGGUAGUUGUUGUUUUGUUUGAAUGGAAGUAUUAAAUCUGAUUAGCACAAGUGUC